AUGCUGCACUUUCUCUUCAUGCUUGUCUUGCUUGUACAGCCCCUGGGCAAUCUGGGAGCAGAAAUGAAGAUCCUCUCACAGAGAUCAGUAGCCAACACAUGCACCCUAGUCAUGUGUAGCCCGACAGAGAAUGGCCUGCCUGGUCGUGAUGGACGGGAUGGGAGAGAAGGUCCACGGGGUGAGAAGGGUGAUCCAGGUUUGCCAGGACGUAUGGGGCUCUCAGGGUUGCCUGGACCUACAGGUCCAGUUGGGCCCAAAGGAGAGAAUGGCUCUUCUGGAGAACCUGGACCAAAGGGAGACCGUGGACUAGCUGGGCCUCCAGGGCACCCAGGUAUUCCUGGUCCAGCUGGAAAGGAAGGGCCCUCCGGGAAGCAGGGGAACAUAGGACCUCAAGGCAAACCAGGUCCUAAAGGAGAGGCUGGGCCCAAAGGAGAAGUAGGUGCUCCUGGCAUGCAAGGAUCUGCGGGUACAAAAGGCUCUCCGGGUCCCAAAGGAGAAAGAGGUGCCCCUGGUGAGCAAGGAGCCCCUGGGAAUGCUGGGGCAGCAGGACCGGCCGGACCUGUGGGUCCACAGGGAUCUCCAGGUUCCAGAGGGCCUCCAGGACUCAAGGGGGACAGAGGUGCUCCUGGAGACAGAGGAAUCAAAGGUGAAAGUGGUCUUCCAGACAGUGCUGCUCUGAGGCAGCAGAUGGAGGCCUUAAAUAAAAAACUACAGCAUCUAGAGGCUGCCUUCUCUCACUAUCAGAAAGCUGCACUCUUCCCUGAUGGCCGAAGCGUUGGAGAUAAGAUCUUCAGGACAACAAACUUGGAAAAGCCUUUUGAGGAUGCCCAGGAGAUAUGCAGGCAGGCUGGAGGGCAGCUGGCCUCCCCACGUUCUGCUACAGAGAAUGUUGCCAUACAGCAACUGAUCACAGCCCACAACAAAGCUGCUUUCCUGAGUAUGACAGAUGUGGGCACGGAGGGCAAGUUCACUUACCCCUCAGGAGAGCCCCUGGUCUAUUCUAACUGGGCUCCAGGGGAGCCCAACAACAAUGGUGGGGCAGAGAACUGUGUGGAGAUCUUCACCAACGGGCAAUGGAAUGACAAGGCUUGUGGAGAGCAGCGCCUUGUUAUCUGUGAGUUCUGA